UAAAAAGCAAGAACCCUGCGACCGCCUAUCAGUGAAACCUAUGAAAAAUUGCCGCUGCCUGCGGGCAAAGUAUCUACCUUUUAAAGGUGACUCGUUUGUGGACGUGAAGCAGGAGGAGCACUGGAGAAGGAUGCAGGGAUGUUCUUACACAACUUCUGGGAUGCUUUAUUAUAUUGUGCAUUUGUGCAACUGUCAUGCCCGCAGCUGAUUUUUAUUUUUCUUGGAGACCGAAGUUUGAGCAUUAGAAUGAAGCAGAAAGAAAUCUUUGCAUGUCACGGGACGAAAACGUCCACGAGCGAUUGUCUGCACCUGAUGCUGGAGCUGACAGAAAUCAUGAAGCGCAGAAAAUACUGCUUCAUUUUCAAAAUAUGAAAACAUAUGUCUGCUGGGAUGGAGCGCAGCGGUCAUUUCAAACCAACACCUGGCCAUUUCGAGGUUUUGAAUUCCUCGACCGGACCCAAUGUGACUUUAACGCUUAACACGGACGAAAACCAAGAAAGUUUCGCUUUCCAAGUCACCUUAGCGUCAGUUCUCGGUCUCAUCACUCUUGCGACUAUAUUAAGCAAUGCGUUUGUCAUCGCCACCAUCUCCCAGUCCAGAAAGCUCCAGACACCGGCGAACUUCUUGAUUGCGUCCCUGGCCGUCACGGACCUUCUUGUGUCGGUGCUCGUGAUGCCCAUUUGCGUGCUUUACACGGUCACGCAUGUGUGGUCGCUUGGGCAGGUAAUCUGCGACAUCUGGCUGUCCUCAGAUAUCACCUGUUGCACCGCGUCCAUUCUACACCUCUGCGUAAUCGCCUUGGAUCGAUACUGGGCUAUAACGGACGCGGUCGAGUAUGCCAAGAAACGCACCCAAGCGCGCGCCGCGGCCAUGGUGGCGACCGCCUGGAUCAUCGCCAUCUCCAUCUCCCUGCCGCCUUUCUUCUGGCGACAGGUGAAGGCGGGGGAGCUCACCACCUGUUCGGUCAACAAGGACCACAUCUUCUACACCAUCUACUCCACUUUCGGGGCUUUCUACAUCCCUACGCUGCUGCUCAUCGCCCUGUACGGGCGGAUUUACGUGGAGGCGAGGAAGCGCAUUUUGAGGCAGUCGCCCAAAAAAGCGGGGAAAAGACUCACUUCGGCACAUCUGAGCACGAAUUCUCCCGCUUCGGUGGCUUCGACUUCUCCUUUGCAUUGUGGAAGGCAAGACCUGUGCUCGGACAGCGGGUCUCUGGGCAGUGACAAUCAAAUUCGAGUAACUGUGUCCGAUUCACUUCUGGAGAAAAAGAGAAUCUCGGCAGCGCGCGAGAGGAAAGCCACCAAAACCCUGGGCGUUAUUUUAGGAGCCUAUAUUGUGUGCUGGUUGCCGUUUUUCAUUUACACACUGCUGGUUCCCCUCUGUCCAUCCUGCUUUUACGCAGAACUCUUUGACUUUUUCAAUUGGCUUGGCUAUGUCAACUCACUGAUCAAUCCAAUAAUAUACACCAUGUCGAAUGAUGACUUUAAAAAAGCUUUUCACAAACUCAUGAGCUUUAGAUGUUGCAGACGACAGUAAAAUAGAUAAAUAAGUAUAAUAAUGGCAGUCAGUCGGUCAUAAUCGCAAGUGACAUCUCGUGCUGUUGAAUGCUCGAUUCUGAUUGGCUGACAGACAUUCUAAGGUGUUGAUUGUUGUACUGCAUCUGUAGGGAGUCCCAUAUCAUUAUUCUGUUUUUUGUUUUUUUCUUUUAGCAUAGCCUAGAUUAGAAUAUAAAAACAGACAAAUCCACGGCCAACUAAUAAAUGACAGACACCAGGAUCAAUAUGACAAAUUAUUUCUAUUUUGUCUAAACUAAUUAAUCUAAUAGCCUGCUGUCUGUAAUUACGUUGCUGCCUAUUAACAUUGCCGAGAGCCGCGGCAGACGCGCGCGCUCCGUCUAGCUUUCUCUGUCACAAACACAAUCUUGGUUACUCCAAUGACUGCUUAGAAACAGCCAAAUCCUUUGUUACUAGUUCAAAAAGUUACACUUUCGAAUUAUUAAAGCAAGAAAAAAACAGUGUUUGUCUGAGGUAAACGCAUUAAAAACUAACAUGGUAGCCAUUGUGUAAGCUAAAUGAUUCAGAUUCACGUCGUGCCGCGCAGCCUAUGUUGUGUAAAACUAACAUGUGAACGCACAUUAUUCAGCAUAUUAAAGGGUUACUUUACCAGUGACAGGUAAUAGGCUACUGUUUUCCUUAAAAAUCCAGCUUUUUCCAGGAUUCACAUCAUCCGAGUUCAUAGGAGAUUGCUAUCUCGAUCCUGAGUCCUGAUAAUGACCGUCUGACUGCAUAUUAUAUCACUACUUUCAAAAUAAAUGAAUCAUUGAAUACAUAAAUGAGUUAAUAUUCCAUUAGUUUACUUGUAGAGACUACAAAUACAAAACCCGAGCACAGAUAAGCAGUGUUUCUAGUUGAGUGGUCAAUCAGACUGAAAAAUCAGAAUCAAAACUCCCAGACAGCCAUGUAAAAAAUGUUGCUAUGUGGGUCUCGGUUGACAUAGUAGCCUGUGAUUAUAGGCUACUCUUUCAAAACUGAGCAGAAUGUUCUACGAUGACUUUGGAUUUCGUAAUAGUGCUUGUGGUCAACCAGUCGCUAAUUAAUAACGCAAAAUUGUGUAAAAAGCUUCAUUGUCUUUAUAAAAUGUGCAAUUCAAUUGCUCUAAUGUGAUCACUGCCUAUAGCUGCUGACUGAUCCUAAACUUAAUAAAUAAGUUGGGUAAUCCAUUUGCUUGUGCUUACAUCCAAUA